AAAAACCCACAUCAUUCUUCUCACAAAAACUUUCGACCAAAAGAACACAUCAAUGGCUCUUGCGAUGACAACAAAGAUUCUAAUGAGCAUCGUGGCAACAGCGAUGCUCAUUGAAUUGGCGCUAGCUGUGGAUCACAGUGUCGGAGCGUCAAGUGGAGGGUGGGAUACCUCAACUGACCUCGGUUCGUGGGCUUCAUUGGAAACAUUUACAGUAGGCGAUAACCUAGUUUUUAGUUAUACACCAAACCACAAUGUUUUGGAAGUGUCCAAGGAUGACUAUGAUUCUUGCUCAACAAGUAGUCCAAUUUCAAGUAACUCUCUUGCGCCUACUACUAUCGCACUAUCGGAUGAGGGAAGCCGGUAUUUCAUCUGUGGCACACCUGGCCAUUGUGAUCAAGGAAUGAAGGUUGAGAUUAAAACAGUAGCUGCAGCAUCGCCAGCACCACCAACAGCCACCACUCCAUCAUCACCGGCACCACCAACAGCCACCACCCCUGCAUCUCCGACACCACCAACAGCCACCACUCCUGCAUCUCCGACACCACCAGAAUCUACUACCCCAUCUCCACCAUCACCACCGGCUUCUACCACCCCUGGAACACCUGUCCCUGCAAAUCCAUCACCACCACCUUCAUCAGCUGAAACUGUAAAGAUGACUGUUGUUUCAAUGAUGGGUCUAGGACUCCUCAUGAUGAUAUAAGAUGAUGGUUAAUUCGUGUUUCUUCUAUCCAUGAUUUCGUUGAUGCAUCUUGUUGGAUUAAUUUUAUGUAUUGUUGUUAGUUAAAGUUUCAAAUUAAUUACCAAGAGUUGUUGAUAAAUCCAUUUUGUUGUUAAGUUUGUGUUAUUGACUUGUUUAUUUAAUGAUUAUAACGUGUAAUUUGUAAUACAAUUAUAAUUGAUGGUUUCCUA